GCUUUUCCUGGUAUCAAGAUGAACACGAGUCAGGUGAACGCUUCACUCAAGUGCGAGAGGGACACUAGAGUAACGUCUGUUCUCUUCCCUUGCCUGUACGCGGCUCUCUUUCUGGUGGCUUUUGUGUUGAACAGUCUGGCCGUCUGGAUCUUCUUCCAAAUCAGCAGCAGCUCAACGUUUGUCGUGUACCUGAAGAAUGUAGUCGUGGCCGAUCUAUUGAUGACCCUUACUGUGCCUGUGAAGGUGCUGACCGAUGCGGGCUUGGGUUCCUGGCAGCUCCGGGCUUUUCAUUGCCGGUACUCAGCUGUGCUCUUCUAUAUCACUAUGUACAUCAGCAUCCUCCUCCUCGGAUUGAUCAGCUUGGACCGCUACCUAAAGAUCGUGCAUCCGUUUGGGAAAUGUGCUCUUCAGAGGGUCAGAGUAGGUCGGAUACUGUGCGCAGUUAUCUGGGUGGUUAUGUUGUCGCUGGCUCUGCCGAACGUCAUCCUGAGUAACGAAAUGCCACAGAUUUCUUCUGGUGCUAGGCUGCGAUGCACCAAGAUGAAGGGGAAGAUGGGACUCCUGUGGCAUGAAGGCUUUAACUACUUCUGCCAGGUUGUUUUUUGGGGUACAUUAGCACUUAUGGUCGUCUGCUACACCUUCAUCAGCAGGAAAGUGUUUGAAUCGUACCGUGCGUCACAAAGCAGCAGUGACACAGCCAGCAAACAGACCACAUCUAAGGUAUAG